CAAAUUUUUGAUUUCAAAACCCCAAACCCAGAUUCCCCCGCCACCGCCACAAUGUCCUCCGCUCACCCUUCCGCCACCGCCACCUCCACUGCAACCGCAACCCCACUGCAGCCACCAGCACAACACCCGCCUCCAAGAUCCCUAGCUCCUCUCCCCACUCACCACCUCCCCUAUUCCUACCCUCCUCACUCCCUCCCCCUCAGACCUCCAUCCCAAUCCAAAAAUCAACAGAUUUCCACCAAACCAGACCAGUCUCCUCAUUCUAUUCUCUACCCAGUCGCCUCUUCCGGCAGAGGUUUUAUACCCAAACCCCUUCGCCCCGAUCAGACCGUCACCGUUGCAAACCCCAACGUGUACUCCACUCGACCCCUCGUCGCUUUUUCCCGUCCUCCUGCUCCCCCAAUUGGCUCUCCUCAUUUGGAUGCUUUGCACUCUGUGCACUUUGUUAGGCCUUCCUACCCGCAAUUGCAGCAGCUCCCUCACGUUGGCGGGGUUGUACCUGGAGCAAUUAAAGGGAUUUCUAUUCCACCCCAUUCCAAGGUUGGUCCAUCUCCGUCUUCCAUUCCUGAAAAUAAUGGAAACAAUAAAAAUCUGAGGGAUAGAAACAGAGAUGAAAGCCUUAUCACCCUAAGAGAUCGAAAAGUCAAAAUAACAAAUGGGACUUCUCUUUAUGCACUUUGUCGCUCAUGGUUGAGAAAUGGUUUUCCUGAUGAAAGCCAGCCACAGUACGGGGAUAUUGCAAAAUCUCUCCCACAACCUUUACCUAUGCCAGUGACAGACGAACUGCCAGAGAGAAGGGAAGAUGAAGAACAGGAAGAGGAGGAGGAAGAGGAAUCAGUUGAGCAUUUAUCAGCACACGAUUUGUUGAAGAGGCACAUCAAGCGUGCCAAAAAAGUCAGAGCACGGUUAAGGGAAGAGCGGUUAAAACGGAUUGCAAGAUACAAAACUAGACUUGCCCUUCUCCUUCCUCCACUUGUAGAGCAGUUCCGAAAUGAUGCUGCUUCUGGUAACUGAUGCAUCUCAUUUACUUCGGAGUAAUUCUCGUGGCCUCUAUGCCAUCAGUGCAAGCUCUUGUAGUUUGUAGACAUGGGAAGCCUUGAAAAGUUGUGGUUGAGACGAUGGGGAAAGUGACGGCCUUUGUUAAGUGUUCACAUGAUAUAAAGCUUAUACUCGUGCUGUGAAAUAUAUUAUUCCCCUCUUCUUCCCUUUUGUUUUUUUGGGUAUGGGUCAUGCUAAAAGUGCUCAAGUUCUUGCAAAUAAUCAUCAAAUAUGUACAGUAAUUUAUUAAUGCUUGCAUAUAGUUUCGUGGUGGACCAAUGAGAGAAUGCCAGGUUGAUAAAUGUGUAUCGGAUGAGGGGUUCAUACGAUUUGGUGGGAGAGAGAAGAAACCAGUGUCAACACUGCCACGUGCCAAUCAGUCAGCGCAAGGUGGUUCCUUAAACUCGAAGUUGCAGUGUCAUCUUCCUCUCUACCAGCAACUUGGACUGAUCGAUAGGUGGCCUAGGACUAAUGAACUGCGCUGCCCUAUGCUCUUGAUCCUACACGCAGGUGGCCUAGGAGGGACAUCCAAAGCAGACACCUUUGACUUGGACUAGCCUGUGUUGACUUUGUUCCCAUUGCCAUGUAUGGGAAUAAUGUUUGUAUCCUCCACUUCUCCUUCACAUGCAAGGCAUUCUUUUAACAUCAGAAUUGGAAUUAGCAUGUGAUAAUUGAUAGUGGCACGUCCAACAAAAUAGCUGACCAGACCACAACAGGUGAAUACGGGAUCUCUUGCCAUGUCCAAGCAUAUGUUGCAAAAAAAAAAAAAUUCCUCACAGUUGCGCCCUUAGUUUGUAACAAAAAUCAGUUUCCAUCCCCAAAGCUUUAGCUAUUACAUGGGCACCUGCCCUUUUACCGAAGUGACAGAUCCUUCUAGAAUACAUACCACUAGCAGCUUAACCCUGGAAGAAUGGAUCAUGAGAUUCUUCCGCAGGCUCAUGGUUUAAGCUGAGGUACAUUAGCUCAU